AUGGAUACAACCAUCUUUUUACUGGUUAUUAUAGCCGGGAUUAUUACAGGUAAGGUGUUUUAAUCUUUUACACAUCUGUAGGAACUUUUUAAAUCAUAACAAAAGGUAGAGUUUUUGAGGCAUAGAUACGGUGAGAUGGGGUACGGUAAAGUUGAAUAGCGGGAGGGAGUACGAUGGGAAUGGUUUACAAAUGACUUUAAUAUGAUAUGUUACAGGUAUUUUACUGCCGUUUUUCUUUAUCUUGUUCUGUAUAUGUGUUGUAUGGCCAAGGUAUAACACUCCGAUAUGUCAAGCUGAUAAUGAAAAUCUGAUUCAUUCUGGUCAACGGCAAAGUAAGAUAAUAACCAUUCUUUUGAUUGUAAAAUACGUUCUUGUAAGCUGUUCUGAUAAUUUAUAUUAAGUCUUAUCAAUGUAUAAUGUCAAGUAAUCAAAAAAUGUUACAGUAUCCGACUGGGACCCUUCAUCAGACUACCUUAUCAUAUCACCUGUUGUGGAGGAAAUACCGGUAAGUUUGCUUGUGUAAAAUACGUAGUGGAAAUUUUUACUUAAAAAUAGUAAUACAGUAUCUUAAAUUUUAUAUUGUACGAUAACUUUUUACAGAAUCCAAUCACGGUAAACAUAAGUAAAACACCGAUGGAAUUGAACCCUACAACAAUAUCAAUCUCAACAGAAAUGUGA